UAUUGGACACGCAACGAGCUUUCCUGUAUGCGUAAUAAUAUGCUUAACGUGCUAGUUAUCCAGGUUCAAAAUAGUUUGAGCAUACAAACACAGCUACUGUCGCGUUUCUCCUCUUCCAGGUGCAAGAUGAGCAACGAAGACCUCAUUUCAGUGGAUUAUGAAAUUUUUGGCAGAGUGCAAGGUGUAUUUUUUCGGAAAUAUGCUCAAGCAGAGGGGAGGAAGCUGGGCCUGGUGGGAUGGGUCCAAAACACAGGUGCAGGAACGGUUCGGGGGCAGCUGCAAGGCUCACGCAGCCGGGUGAAACAAAUGCAAGAAUGGCUGAAAUCCACCGGGAGCCCCAAGUCACACAUAACCAAGGCCGAGUUUAAGAAUGAGAAUACGGUCAAUAGCCUGGAACACUCAUCUUUUAACGUAGUAAAAUAAUAAAAAACACAGAUUUUACUUGUAAUAUUACCUUUGACCCAGAUGUUUUAUUAAUUUAUUUAAUUUUUAAUAGUUGGAUUGCAGUAUAAUAAAAUGAAAACUCCUUCCAGCCUGCA